AUGUCGCACGCUUUUGAGAUAAACGGAAAGUCUCCCCUUCUCUUCCUCCCAGAGCAUCUCCUUAUUUCAUUCCUGAAUAAGGCCUCUUUCGACACAGCCGAUAUUGAAGAGAUUCAGGAGGAAGUCCUCGGCGCUCAUUCAUCGUUCCUUUCGGUACCACGCGACGAGUCUGAGAUCCUGAAAAGUGUACUUCGUAAUGGGCAGUUCCCUUUCACCCUCAAAGGCUACUUCAAGUUUGGUUUCCAACCUUCUUCCCAGUGGAUCUCCACGCAGCGUCGAGACCCAAACCGCAGCGAGCAGUCAGUCAUUACCGGAUUUGCGGGACGAUACAAAUCUGAAGAGGAUACCAAAGAUUGUCUGAAUAUCUUGAAGCUGUUUUUACAUCAAACACUGCAGGCUGUUGGGACUUCGGCUUCUGACCCUUCUCCACGACCUCCUAUCGACCACUUGGUUGAAUGGAUCAAAUGGACCGCAGAUGCACUGUUUGCUGACGAGUUCCGGGACGGCAUCUGCCACAUGAUUGGGAUGCUGUGCAAGAAUGGUGGCGUAAUUGAUCUUUAUCAGGAUCGCUUUGGCCAAGGUCAUCCAGAGACAGGACCCGACAACGCAGUCGAACUUGCAAUGCAAUCCUACUGCCCCAACUCUCUCCUUGAGAACUUUCUCAUGUACCGCUCAGUUGCCGAAGGCCCACUGACCGCUAGGAGCAAGCUCUGGAGACGUUUCGGCUCUGAUCUUCCUCGAGGAACGCAUCGUGCCGUGUCAAACAUGGAGUGGAUCGUCGCCGGUAUUCACACCCAGUUCUACGGCCGAAAGUUUGGUCCUUUCACUGGCCACGGCGAUAGACUCAAAGGCCUCGAUUAUCCCGAAGGAAUUGCCGAACUCUACAAGAUCAAGGCUUAUUUGCUGUCAAACGACUACUGUACCGAUGAGAUUGAGAGGGAGGCCCUGAACAAUCUUGCCGAGGCGGUCACCACGAUCCAGAAGAUGCUUCCAUUCACUGGACGUCUUCACCACAGUGAGGAGAGCGAGAAUGAAGGUUUGUUCAGACUCUUCAGCGCUGUGUCAUGCCUCGCUUCGGAUUCUUACAAAACGGAAUGUGAGAAGCUGACUGAGGAGUUUGGCCCACGACGCCAUCAGUUCAUCAUCAACGACCGGUUUGACCCUCGAGUUGAAUGGAUGAAGUAUACGGCCGACGUCAAAAUUCCCGAGUUGCAGAGUGAACCUGGAAAGAAGUUUCGCGAUGAGGCCAUUGAGAUCUGGCGACGACUGAUCAUUGAGCGCGGCGGCAACCGCCGAUGGUGGGAGAUCACGGAGCAGGAUAAAUGGUUCGUUCCUAUUGAAGAGGUCAAGUCUGCUCUCAGAGCCGCGAGUCCAUCUGCUGCAGAUGCUAUGGGUCUGUAA